AUUUUCGAUAGGAAUGGUGGUCAGAAUUAUCAUUGUGCUAAAAAAUUGAUUCAAUAUUUAAUAGAUGUACACAACUUCCACCAUAAUUAACGUGACAUUUGUGAUAUGCCCUUUAGGAUUAGUGAAUUUGUGUUUGUGUCUCGUGAAAAUUCGAAAAAACAUUUGUUACGGGGUCAUUUCAAAUGAACCUAACCCAACGUCUUCAAUAAAAGUUUUAAAUAAGAUACUUGUAUAAUGUUUUGGAAACACAAUGCCAACUCUUCCCCACAAAUUGAGGCUCUCUUGGCCAAAGAGGAUGUUACCCUACAAGAAGUUAUGGAUUCAGAGGAUAUAAUAAAUGAGUGUAGAGUAAAGACAAAAGUAUUGAUAGACUUCUUACAAAAGACAGAGGUGAUGGAUGAAUUAUUAACACUUAUUACAAAAGAACCAUCAAUUGAUAUAGAAGAAAGGACUAGAUUUAAGUAUCCAAACAUAGCUUGUGAGCUACUAACAUGUGAUGUUCCUGCUUUAAAUGAAAGAUUGGCUGGUGAUGAAGUAUUUCUUGACAAACUGUACACUUUCUUGGAUUGUGAUCCACCUUUGAAUCCCCUUCUUGCAUCAUAUUUUAGUAAAGUUAUGGUUGCCCUUAUUGCAAGAAGGAAGACUGAGCAGAACUGGCUAUCGUAUCAGUUCACUUGCUUACAGGUCCUAGACUUUUUAAAGGCUAAGGACACCUUUAUAUCAUUACUGCUCAAGCACUUAGGCACUUCGGCCGUCAUGGAUCUCACGCUCAAGCUGAUGACGGAAGUUGAGGGCGCUGAGAUGAGGCAAAACAUCUUGAACUGGCUUGACAGUCAAAGAAUCAUACAAUUGUUGGUCUCUCUGCUGAGUCCAGGAAUUGACAAAGAUAGGCACCAAAACGUUGCUCAAUUAUUGUGUGAUUUCAUCAGGAUAGCUCGGGAUGAUCAGACAAAUUCGACUGAAAGGGCUGAUCCUGACCCACUACUUAAUACAUUAGAAUCACCAGAAAUAGUAUCAUUAUUAUUAGACUGUAUGUUGCAAGGAGAUGACAAGAGUGAAUCAGGUAUAGUAGGCGGCAUUCAAGUACUUCUAGCGCUCUUAGACGUGUCUAGCUCAUCUAGUAGUCAGCAUUUGAAUGAUGACUUGCGUGACAACGAUGCGAUAAUAUAUAACACCAUUCAAGUUAUCAAGGACAGAUUGAAGGAUUUCCACCAGUUGUUGAUUGAGCCACCAAAGAGUAACCCUGUAGUAACUACUGUGGGAACUUUGAAUCCUCCAUUAGGUAAUGCUCGACUCCAAAUCACGAAGCUAAUCGCCGCUCUGAUAUCGUCCAAUAAUGAAGACUUAUUGAAUAAGAUUGUGUCGACAGGGACAUUCUCCGUACUAUUAGAUCUAUUUUUCAAAUAUCAUUGGAACAAUUUUUUACAUACCCAGGUUGAAAAUUGCCUUAUAUCAGCACUGAAGACUCAUACGUUUGAAGAGGAUGAUGGAAAGUCAAAUGUGCUUAGUAAACAUUUGUUAGUUGAUUGCAAAUUGAUAGAGAAAGUUUUGGGCGCUUGGAAGGAAAAUGAUGAACAACAGAGUCAAGAAAAUGGUGUUCGCAAAGGCUAUAUGGGUCAUUUGAUCAGUCUUGUUAACAAAAUAGUAGAAUUGUGUUCAACCACUGCUCUAGGUCAAUAUAUAAAGGAUCAUCUUCCCGACGUUGCCAAAUAUCUAGACGAAUUCAAGGAGACUACUCUGAGUGAAACAAACAAAAUCCAAGAAACUCUAUUGGGUGGCGUUCAUCCCAGUACUUCAACUGAUACUGAACAAUAUGGAGAUGUGAUGUUCUCUCAAUCAAAUGCAUUACAGCAGCAACAACAAUUGUUUUCCCAAUACCAGAUGCAAAAUUUGGCCUCGCAAUACAUUGAUGGUUAUAGUGGUUUCAAUGAUGAUGCGUUCAAUGAUGGAGAUGACACUCUACAGACCAUCGACCAUCGCACGGAGAUGAACUUCGACCUGUCGGAGGGUGAGCUGGCGCACCAGCAGGAGAUGUUCAAGCAGGUGUGCGCGCAGAACAUCAACACGCUGGACGACGCCGACGACCAGAUCUUCGAAGAGAGAGAGCACACCUUCCAGACGGUGAUCGAGAAGCAGGACAGGCACGAGGCGGCCUACAGCAGCGACAGCGACGACGACUCGCCAGUCGGGGAGGAUACGAUGGACAUAGAUCCGUGGUCGUCCCCGAGACCGGCCGAAGCAGCGUCCGCCGCUGCCGUCCUCGCCGUCGAUCCGUGGUCCUCGGCUGCCGCCACCUGCGACGACGACACCGUCGGCGGCUGGGCGGACUUCGGCGGCGCGCCGUUCGACGCCGGCUUCGCGAGUUUCGCGGGGGUGGCGGGCGAACGGGACGGGGAAAAGGGGGGGGAUGAGGCAAGGGAAGCGGGGGUCGCCGAGUCGGGGGAAGUGGAGAAAGCGAAAGCGAACAGUAUUGAUAGGCCUCUAACCAGUGACGUGAAACCAAUCAUUGUGGAGACAAAGAUGAAGAGUGCUGCAGGUGAUCAAGCAGACGGAGCGGCUGUUGGCGCUGAUCAGAAAACAGCAACCACUGGUGUUACUGAACCGUCCAAAAGUGUAGAGGGUGAUUGUAAUGUCCAGACAGGUUCAGUGGUAAAAGGCAAUGCGGAAAAUGAAAAGGUCUGAGCAACCCGUCUACAUAUCAAAUGGGAACUGAAUGAAUAAAGAAUCCUCACCAAACGGACGAUAAGAAGUAUUUUGUAAAUUAACAUUUUUAACCAUUCAUACAUACCUUAAAAAAAUCUAGAACAAUAAUGACUGCCUCUCAAUAAUGAUUGGAAAUUUUGUACUCGUUUGAAAUAUUUUAUUUAUGUAUUUAUCGUCUCAAAGUAUUUAUUAUAAUUAUUUAUUUUCUUGAAACAAAAUCAUUUUAAUGUAUUACUCUCCUAGCAAUAUCAAUGAAAAAAUCAGUCCUUCGAAAAAAUCUUCUUGAUAAAUCGUUGAAUUUGUACUUUUUAAUAAAAAUUUUGUGAACAGAUGAUCUUGGGACGUUGCCAACGGAAUGAUUUGAAACUAUAUCAGUGUGCUGCCACC